CCCGCGGCUCGCCGUUCCCUCAGCUCAUUGGUCACCUCCCUGUCCGUCCCGCCCCGCCCCGCCCCGGGCUUUGUCAGGCUCCCGCAGGCCGAGCGGCUGGGCUGAGGCUGCUUGAGAGUCCAGCGUGGGGUGCAGGGGCCGCGGCAGGCUGAGAUUGGUGAAACACCAUUAGAGAGAUGAACUUGAUGACAAAGGGUUUCAGUGAGCUCCAGGAAUUAAGCAGCCGAAGGCAACAGACACCAGUAUGGAAACUUCCCAGCGGUAGAUCCACGCUGAGUAAAUCAGCUCAAGCAGUCAGACGCUACUAUGAGAACCAAGCUGAUAUCAAACCUGCUGGCUUCUCUAAGUCAGAGUAUGAGCCCCAGGUGGAGGAAUUACAGAGAUCUUUUCUAAUGCGCCCUGGAUGUCCUAGAUUCAGUAACAGAGCAACUUCAACAUCCCAGCUUGAAAGUACUUCAUCAGACAUCCCUGAUUUGGCCUUUAAUUUGAGUACCAUCAGUCUGUCCUCCCAACUCAACUUUGAAGAGUGGAAUGCUGCCUUUCAGAACACAUAUCCAUCAGAAUUGGCCACCAAAGCAGCUGGCCAGCUCCUACCCAGUAAAAGUUUCACUGGUCUCUCUAAAUGGAAGAGUUUCACAGAAGGAAUAGUUCCGGCUGAACAACAAAGAGGACCUAUAGAGAGUAAAAUCCCAUGGUAUAUUGAUGUAAUCCGUGAGAAGGAACGAUGCUUGUUGAUGAUGGGAGAAGAGAUUAAUCGUCUUUCAAGAUGUGAAGCAGAAUGUGCAAGGAAAGAUGAUGUAAUCUCUAUCCUUAGGGAGGAGAUGGAGAAUCUGAAGAAGCAUCUGGAGCUGCUCAGGAGGGGAAGUGUAAUCACAAAGGAGAAAGAUGCAGCCUCAGAACCUGUAGCUGACGACAGCAAGACAAAGAUGCCUAGGCUAAGCAGCUCAGUGCAGGAUGGCUUAGGAGAAAGUGGCACUAAAGAAGAUUUGAGAGAGGAAGUGGCAUGCUUAAAAUUAAAACUAAGCUACUCUGAUAAAAUGCUGGACUCUAAGAUUGCUAGCCUGUCUGAGUCCUUGAUGAAAGACCAGGAGGAACUAUGGCAACUGGAAAAGGAGUACUCAGAAAUGCAGCAAAAGGGCUUGAGACAAGAGGACAUGGAAAAAGCGCUUCUUAGUGGUACAGAGCUUGAAGUGGCUUCUGAAGAGGAGGGGGAGAAUGAGGCAGAGGCAGAGGCAGAAGAGAAAGCAUCCCUCAUCAAGCUCAGAGAAUUCCAGCAAAUGAACCAAGAACUCUGUAAAGAACUGGAGAAAGCAAAAACGGACUAUGACAUGGCCACAGGUGCCAUCACUUCCUUGCAAAGGCAGCUGGCUUUCCAGGAGUCACAGCUACGGAGAGCUGAGUCUGAAAAGGAAAUGCUACAAAAGGAGCUUCGAGAGCGGGGAAAUCAACUACAAGCCAUGUCUGCCAAGUUUUCCAGCCUUCGAGAAGAACGGAAGCGUGAAGAAAUGAUGGGAAUAAUAGAGAGAGAAAAUUACAAACUCCGACAGAGCAAGAUCAACCAGCUCCAGGCAGAGGUUAUGGUAGCCCAGCACCACAUACAGAAGCAGCUGUGCGACCAAAGUGAGACGCAGAGCCAAGUCGAGGCCUUGAAGCACGCUGAGCAGCAGGCCAAAGUUGCACUGGAGUGCAUCAGUGCCAGGUUUGAAAGAUUUCGAAGCAAAAUAAUUCAGGCCACAUACAGCAGUGCAGGUGCCAAAUCCCCCCAAGCUGAAAUUAGCGAUGAGGAGGCACUGGAGGCUAUGCAGAGAAUAAUUAGCGAGCGGCUGGAUUUUCAUCAGAUGCUGAAACAGAAGGGUGUGAAGGUCCCGUCUCUCUUCAGCACUGAGCCAGCAAAUUUGCCUUCUCCUAAUUCUAAGACCACCAAAAAGAGUCCUGUGAAAUAGGGUCUUGUACGCGGAGAGCUGAUUCCUGCAGCUGAGUCACAGAGUCAGAAAGGCACUUUCUCCUGAGGCUCUUUCCUGGUUGCGUUUUGGUUUGUUCUCUGAUGUUUUGCUUUUUAUUGACAAAUUAAACAAUUAUAUUUGACUUCAA